AUGGACAUGAAGGCCUGGCUUUUAAAUCCUUUCACUAGGGAAGAAAUCAAUGCAACAGUAUUUCAUAUGAACCCCUUAGGGUCGCCAAGUCCUGAUGGGUUCCCUGCUCAGUUCUACCAAAAACAUUGGGAGGUAGUUGGUGACCAAGUGUGCAGUUAUGCUCUUAAGUUUCUCAAUCAUGGGGGCUUGCUCAAUGAUGUUAAUGAUACAUAUAUCUCACUCAUUCCCAAAGUCAAAAGUCCCACAAAAGUAGCUGAUUACAGGCCCAUCAGUCUUUGUAAUGUAUUAUACAAGAUUGUGUCCAAAACCAUUGCUAACAGACUGAAAAAGAUACUGCCCCAGAUCAUUGCCCCCAACCAGAGUGCCUUUGUACCUGAAAGGCUAAUAACUGACAAUACCAUGAUUUUUGUGCCUUCAAGGGGCCUAAGACAAGGGGACCCUCUGUCCCCUUAUCUUUUUAUCUUAUGUGCAAAAGCCCUCACUUCUCUUCUAAACCAAGCUGAGGCAUGUGGCAACUUAACUCCUGCUCCUAUUGGUAGAGGCCCAAUCACUGUGAACCAUCUUUUCUUUGCUGAUGACAGUCUCCUUUUCUGUCGAGCAAAGCAUGAGGAAAUCAAGUGUGUGCUAAAUAUCCUUGAUCUUUACGAGAAAGGAUCAGGACAGAUUACUCAGCAACAGAUAUUGCUGCUAGCAGGUGUCCAAUCCACAUCUAGCUUUCAAAGAUACUUGGGCCUACCUGCUUUGGUGGGUAAAAAAAAGAUUGCCUCAUUCCAUUCCCUAAUUGACAGAACCUGGACUCGAGUCUCUAACUGGAGGACUAAGUUUCUAUCUGCAGCAGGAAAGGAGAUUUUGCUCAAGGCAGUCCUUCAAGCCAUCCUCACCUAUGCAAUGGGAAUGUUCCUGUUACCAGUAUCCAUUACCAGGAAGUUAAAUCAGAUUCUUAGGAAAUUCUGGUGGGGAUUCAAUGAAGAUUCUUCCAAAAUUCAAUGGGUUAAGUGGAAGCAACUCAGUGGCAGCAAAGAAAUGGGAGGCCUUGGUUUUGGAGAUCUAAGAUGUUUUAACCUUGCUCUACUCUCAAAACAGGGAUGGAGGAUUCUUCAAAAUCCAACAUCCCUAGUGGCACAAGUGUUAAAGCAAAAGUAUUUUAACAAAGGAGACUUGCUUGAAGCAAAGUUCGGACAAGGCCUUCCUUUGCAUGGAGAGGCAUUCAUGCUGGCUUAA